AUGCAACAAAUGGACGGGGUCACUCUGAGCCAGGCAAAUACCGAUCAACUGGAUCUACUUGAAAUUCCCACGGAGCGACUCGCUGGAAAUGCUCUCCAAACGAUAAUCAGUACGCCAGAUGAGUCGGUUCGUUCCCUCGUCAUGAUCAUCACAGUUCAAGAUGAACUAAGAUCCCUUCGGGCCAAUAAUCAAGAAAAUGAAUCAGCCAGCGCCGGAGCGGAAGCACAGAAGCUCGCCACGGCCAUUCUCCCUUUCGGCGCCGUCGCAGGAGCCACCAUUGAUGCUCUCACAGCCGAGCUAGUGCUCGCUUCGAUCCAUAUCCUGAGUGCCUCAUCCGACAGCUCCCUGGACGACCAAGCUCUGUUGUGCGUCAUCGCGUACACCGACGUUCGCGAUCCAUGGACCACAGAAACUGCUUUUCAGCUGGCAUCCCGCAUCAUUGCGGCCAACCUGCCCCCCAGCAGGCAUGCGGAGUUCAUCGUUGGCUCUAUUCUCCAGACUUAUAUUCGACCCGUCCUUUCGGCAUCAUCGAGCGGCAAGUUAACUGGCUCGGGUAGGCCGUCUCACUUCCCCAGCGGUGUCAGUAAUGCUUCGAAAUCAGCUUUCGCCUCUUCUUGGAAGCAGAGUAAUCCUCCGGUGACAACACUGUUUCACUGGGCAGUGAAGAAUGCCGAUAAUCACACUGUCGCUAGUCAAUGGCCGUUGUUCUUGCCGGUAUUACUUGCGUUCGUCGAAGACCAAGAAACCAAAGUGAAGGAGACGGGCAUGGAGGUGCUUGCUGUCUUCCUGCAGAAAUGCACACUCAAGACGCUCAAUUCUAGUGGAAUUGGAAAACUCCUCGAAGACGCUGUUUUCCCUAAUAUUUUAUCUCUCCCAAGUUUGACACCGGAAGAGGAGUCGGCCAGGCUGCUUCGGUUGGCCUACCCCGUCAUGAUACAAUUGGCCAAGGCAGAUCCGAACCCUUUUAGCACUCAAAGACGACGCGUGCUUGACAGGCUCAUCCGAGAGGGAAUAAUGGCCAGCUACUUUCAUGCUUCCCAGUACCCCAUGAUCGUCCAGAUCUUGAUGCGGAAUGCUGCCGACGUCGUCGCAUGCCUGGGUGUCUAUUCCGUCAAGCAUAUCUCAGGACUCCUCCAGAUGGUUGAGUCUGUCAUGGCAGACCCUUUCGCUGCCAUAUAUCUGCCGUCGGUUUUGGCAGCCGCCGAAGCAUUGCGUGUCAUCAUCUCGCAUUGCUGGCCCAGAAUACAGGAGACACACCAUGCUGAGCACGUAUUGAGCAUCAUCACAAAGUGUUGGCUCAACUGUUCUGUGGAUGUGGAAGAGGAAUCGAAUGGAGGACCACUCAAUCCCGACCGAAAUCUCAUUCUCCAGCAGCUCAAGCUGAUGGCGAAGCUUCUCAACUCGACCUGGAUGACAAGUACGAACCCACCGAUGAAACAAAUGAUCACCGACGCCACGAACAGGGAACCCGAACUCGCACCCUUAUUCCGGGACGGCACGAACAAAUGA